CCAAACCAAAAAUGCAAGUGUUUACCCCCUUAAUGGUCCACAAAGUAGCAGAUCGUGACAUCACUGCAUAAACCCCAAACCCCCUCCCCCUUCCCUCGCGUCAUCUAAAACAUCGAAAGUUUCAGUUCAUCAUAUCCUUUCAUAUCAAAUUCAACAAUGGCGUUUUGGUGCAAAGCAUAAAAGAACCAUCUUUCUAGAAUUUUUGGGCAACCCCCAGGAGGGUUCUCGGUAUUAUCAGAAAUGGCGAUCAUCCCAUUUUCCUCUCGCUCGCAUUCUGCUUCCAAUUCACAUCAAUCCUUCACCAAGAUGGCUCUUAGAACCCCUUCUCCUUCUCUUCAAGGGAUCAAGGGGUCUUUUUUGUAUUUUAAGGCAAAUAGAUGUGGUUUGAAUAUUAAAUCCGAUGGAGUCAUUCUGCAUACCAAGCCAAUUAUCUGCGCUGUGGCUGCAGAUGAGUCAGGGGAUUCUGGAAAAUUAAAUCUAGAGCAUGUAAUUGAAAAGGCAAGGAGAAUGUGGGACAGCUCUCCAGAGCCAGUCAAGAAAUUCCCUUGGAAUAGAGCAUUGGAGAAUUUUAUUCAACUUAUUGUUGAUCUUACAGUUGCAGUUGUCAAAUAUUUAAGCAUACCUUUACUGGCAGUCACCUCCCUUGGUGAGAUGUCCUACUGUGCCCAUGUAAAGAAGUUGGCUAUUGUUCCUGUUCCCUUGCUCAUUGGCUUUGUUGUUGCGGGAGUCUUAAGAAAUACUGUCUUGGAACUUUCUUUCCUACUCAAGGAUGCAGAGGUACCCUGGCAUCUGAUUUUGAUUGCAAUAUUCUUUACAUUGAUCAAACUGCCAGGUCCAUAUUACCCGUUUUGGGGGCGAAUUUUUAUUCCACACUUAGCAAAUGGGGCACUGUGGAGGACUGUAUGGUCUAUGUUUUUGUGGUAUAGAAGACCUAAAAUGGCUUCAGGAAGUUCUGCUCACCAUAAUUGAAUAAAAGACACAGAAGAAUAAGCUGUAACCUCAUCAGGUAACAGUGUUUGGACCUGGACAUCUGUUUAAUGUCGCUUUAACUGCAAAUAAGAGUGCUUCUAGUUGUCUUCUUUUGAUGUUAGCUGCAUUCACUUGACAAGGACAAGUGACAUGAGAAAUGAGUAACUUUUUUUCUUGUUGGCAAAAUCUUGUAAAAUUUGGCCGCUGAAAGGCAAUGGGUUGUACAUGGCCGUGCACAUUUUCCCUGGGAAGUUCUUAUGUUCUAUUAAUACAAUAUGAUGGAGGAUUCAUAUGCCAACGAAUUGGUGUGAAACAGGUGUUAUUCAAGCCUGAGAUAUUGAUACAUUUGCGCUGUUUAGUAGAGAUUAAACAAGUUGGAGCUUGGGAUGUUCAGAGGGGAUCCAACAGCAAUUAUUUCCCCUUUUUCUUGUUAUUUCACCCUUUUUGGGAGAGAGUCUAGGGAACCAGCGCCCGAAACUUUGCUUGAUGCUAGGAUAUGUUAUACCAUGAUGUUUGGCCCUUGCUGUUGUAAAACUUGAAAACAUGAAUGCCUGACUAUUUUCUAUAUACUUUUCAUACAUCAAGUAUGCCUGUUGAUGUUUGAAAAAUAGUUACAUUCAUUUCUGGAGUUAGGUAAUACUUAAUAAUAGGAGAUUCAUGUU